GGCGUAGGAAAGACCCUUCUCAACCACCGAGGCACUUGCCGUGGCGACAUGGGCACCGCCCUUGGGUGCAUGUGCGGCUAUGCCCCUGACAUCCGAGACCACUACAACAUCGGCACCAAGCUGGGCACAGGAGCGUUUGGACAGGUCGGCCCUCCCUGCCAAGAGAUGGCAUGCGUGUUGAAGCGGGCUCCCUCUAGUCUGACACGGUUUGUCACUUGUUCCUUAUGCAGGUCCGUCUGUGCACGCACAAGGAGAGCGGUGAAGACAGGGCGGUGAAGCUGAUUGUCAAGGAUGAGGUGGGCGUGACCAUUCAAGAGCUGAUGGAGGAGAUCGAGAUCCUCAAGAUUGUGGAUCACCCGAAUGUCAUCAGAUUCUAUGAGGUUUUCGAGGUCAGUCAGCCAGCCAGUCCAUACCUCUCUCCAGUGUCUUGUCGGGGCAACAUUUGUUGGUGUCUGAUUUCUGUCCGCCAGGAUCGCAACUUCAUCUAUGCUGUGAUGGAGGCCUGCACGGGCGGCGAGCUCUUCACCAGACUCGAGAAAAGGAAAUUCUUCACCGAAGCCCUGUAAGCAUCUUGCUGCCCCGGCCCCCUCAGCAUAUCGCCCGUUGCCUGUCUGAAUGUGUGCAGUGCGGCCAAGCUCAUGCGGCAGAUGGCGCUCGCGUGUCAGCAUCUUCACUCCAGGCAAGUCGUGCAUCGGGACCUGAAGCCCGAAAACUUCCUGGUAAGCAACAGGCGACCAGAGCACACGAGAGGCAGAGCACACGAGAGGAGAGGGAACAGCGCCCUCACAUGCAUGCCUUCAGUUUGCUGAUGAUUCUGAGGACGCCACGCUGAAGCUGAUUGACUUUGGGCUAUCGAAGAGGGUGGGCACACACGCGCAGACAGAGGCACUGAGACACGAAGGGGUGUUUUGCCAGGUGAAGAAUGACAGGCCCCUGACAGAUUGCUGCGGCACGAUCCAUUACCUCGCGCCUGAGUGCAUCAAGUGAGUAUGUACGUACGGUCAGGGCACGUGUGGGCAUCCUGAUGGUCUGUCUCUGCUGCUGUACGUGUAUCAGGGGCAAGUCCAAGUAUUGGGGAGACAUGUGGGCUCUUGGUAAGGAGGAAAGAGACACAGGCACGCGUGUAGUGCACCCAUACACAUACACACACAAUUGAUUCGUGCGUCUCGGUGUCUUGUUUGCAGGUGUGAUAUUGUAUAUGAUGCUGUACGGAAAGCUGCCAUUCAAGGGGCCCAAUGACCAGGCCAUCAUGGUUGGUACAUACAUACACGUCAAGUGCGCGUAUCUAAUCCAUCGAUAUGACUGACACCCACUGAAAGCGUCGACUGUCUCUUGUCCCUUCCUCUCUCUCCUCUUUGUGUGCAGAAGAACAUUCUGUUGAAGCAGCCCGAAAUUCCAGCCAAGUCAGGCGAAAGGCCCAUCUCGAAAGAAGCUCAGGACCUGCUGAAGAAGCUGCUCAGGAAGGACCCUCACAAGCGCCUCACCGCCGAGCAGUGUACAAACAAUAGCCACAUCGACACAAAACCACAGCCCAUCCUCGCCUUCUCGUGCUGAGAGGUGUAUGUGUGUGUGUGUUGCUGCGAAGGUUUGGAUCACCCGUGGCUGCAGGAGCCAGAGGACGAAGCCCGCAAAUCGCAAAGAGGUCAAUCAGAUGCAGGAAAGCUUAAUGCCUCCAUCACCCUCCUCUUCUGGUCUUGCAUUCCAGCUUUGGGCUUCGACCCUGAAAUCAUCUCGAGGGCACGGUACGGCAAUUCACAAACAAUGGGGCAUGCUUGGUAGCGUUGUGUCUUCUUGCAGGGCGUCUGUGUUGGAUACACGGAAGAAGCCGCCAGAUAAGGUGAUCGAUGGGCUCGAGCCAUGGAUAGCAAUGGAUGAGGGACCACAAGUACUUAGCUGGCUGCCUGUGUCUGUAUGUCAGACUGAGAAGCGCCGCGAGACGUUGCUGCAGAUCGAAGACCAGAGCUACCAACACGUACGGACCGCACACACAAGAAAAUACGCACCUCGGCACACCUCGGAGCCAUUCGUUGUUCCCCAUAUGUGUGUGAGUGCAGUAUGUGGACAAGCGGAAGAGUACCAUCAGAACACCAGGGCCGGUAAGCUGAGAUGCGUGGCGUUGCUGAGACGCGACAAGACACGUCAUGUCUCUUCCGUCUCUCGUUUUCUUUAGCAGAGGAGAAAAACGGCCGUGCGGCCAACGGUGGCUGACAAGGGCCUCAAAUCUGAGCUGCGUGAGCUCACCGAGGCGCAGAAACAGGCACUGGCGGCCAAAAAGAAGGUGAGACAGUCGAUCGAGAGAGACAUGUGCACACUCCGCACGCACGUCUCCUCCGGGUUUGUGUGUUUGUCUGUGUAUACCAGCAAACGUUGGGCGAGAUCUCGUUGGCGUCUGAUGUCAAGAAUCUGGCCUUCACCGCGAACCUGGAGACAAUCGAGUCAAGGGAAGGCACUCAGGUACGGACAGACAGACAGACAGACAGUCGUGUGUUUGUGAUCCAAUGGACAGAACGUGUCGUACCUUCUGUUGUGUGCAGGAUCUGGAGUUCGCUUGAGCUGUAUGGCUCUGAGUGAGGGUGGGGGUGGUGCGUGUGGGGUGCGUGGCCAUGGGAGAGUUUGUGUGCGUCUGAGUAUACUUACGGUCAUUUGUUGUACAAAGUCAGUCGUUGAGUGUGCCGUUCGAUGGAAACAGACAGAUAUGGGUGCCGCUGUCUGACAGAGCGAGUGCGCACAGCACUCGCGCACUCCGCAACAUCCUGAAGAAAC